AUGCGCCAAACGUUACCGGUCCUGAAGCGGUCUGCUUGGAAGGUUCCUUUUAUUGUUCCUCUCCCUCUUCGUGAGGCCCGCGAGAGCAACCAACCUAUUCGGACAAACGCUCGAUCCUGUACCAUCCUUCCUUCUUUUAUCGGGAUCAAGUUCCAAGUUCAUAACGGCAAGAGCUACAACGAGUUCACGGUUGUUGAAAACAUGGUUGGCUCCAAGCUAGGCGAUUUCGCUCCCACUCGUGUUCGCCAUGUCUACAACAAGAAAUAA